UGUAACAGCUACUGCUCUGGCCUGUCUGACUCACACUGAAUUGUGUGUGGUGGAUUUGCUUCCUGUCAGCAGUGUAUAAAACCUGGAACUUCUCUCACACUGCCUGUUCUUCCCUGGGAGACCUGCCAGACUGAAUGUGUAAAGUCUAAUCUCUGGGACAUCACAGCCUGGGGCUGACUGCUCUGCCACAGGCUCCCACAUAUCCAGGCAGCCCCUGUCCUCAAUCAGAAAGAGGCAAUAACUACCCUCCCUGUGCAUUCUGUGUGACACCAACAACAGCUGUUUGAGACUGGGCACCUCUCCCUGGGGCUUUGACAAUCUGAAUUUACCACCCUCCUGCGAGGCCUGCAUCUGACAAUCAGUGACCAUCAGCUUGUACCAGACUGACCUCAGAAGAGGAAGAAUAUUGAGCAGCCUAACAUCAUGCCAUUAGCAUAUAUUUUAGCUAUGUGCCUUCUAACUCUCAUUUCCGUUAACCACAUGGUCUCAGGUGCACCAGAGUCCUGCAAUUUACAGUGUGGAGAAAAGCUGCUGAGUUGUUCCUGUCAUGCGUCUUGUGUAAAUCUAGCGAACUGCUGUGCAGAUUACAAAAACAUGUGCCUCGAUAUUUCCCCUUACUCAGGAACAAUACUGGGAGGAAAGGAUUUUACAAUUAACAAUCUAACAUUUGAUCAGAAUGCCAAUAUAACAUGCAGAUUUAACAAUGAGACCAUAACUCUGGGUUAUGUAGACAAUACCAACCAUGCUCACUGUAUUUCUCCGCUUUUGUAUGAAACUGGACGUAUACCUUUUACAUUGUCUGUCAAUGGAGACAACUCAAUGCUACCAUCAGGAACCUGGCUGGCAGUGCAUCAUAGCAAGGUUUCUGAAACAGAGAAGAGUGUCUUGCAAGAGUCUAAAAAAUGGCAAUAUUAUGGAACACCCGGAUAUGAUGGAACUCUCACAUUGACUUGGCUCCCAUUGCUUCUCCGAGCGGAGAAUAUUCGGCUAGAAGUCUGGGGUUACAAUGAAACUGGGGUUCCCUAUUCUGAGUCUUGGCAAGCUUCUUGGAAGUAUCUCUAUACCCUGAACUCAUCUAGCCCCAAUAGUGGUAGUUUUUCCUUCUUACCAUCUCCGGCUGAAUUACCGUUUGACCAAUGGGAAGUGGGACUGCUGAGAAUAGUUUCUACUGAGAUACCAGAAGGAGAGAGGGAUGUGCAGUCAUUGUGGAGCCCUGUUCAUGCCCUAGCAUGGCACCUGGAGGAAAGCUUUAGGAGAGACCCUGAGGCCUGGGCAUAUGGAAAAUGUAUACGCUGGAGAGAUGAAGAGACAAAUAGACUUCCCAAUUUCUUAAAAGAUGUCCCAGAUUGUCCCUGUACUCUGGCACAGUCAAGAGCAGAUACUGGUAGAUAUCAUACAGAUUAUGGCUGCAAUAUUGAGAAAAACAGUGUGUGCACAUAUCACCCCGGGGCUGUGCAUUGCGUGAGGAGCAUUCAGGCAAGCCCUAUGUAUGCGUCAGGACAGCAGUGUUGUUAUGACUCUAAUGGGACUCAAAUACUCACCAGUGAUUCCUUGGGUGGCAGUACUCCAGACAGAGGACAUGAUUGGGGUUCACCUCCAUACAGAAAGCCUCCUAGGAUACCAAGCUUUUCUCAUUGGCUUUAUGACGUUAUUACAUUUUAUUAUUGCUGCUUGUGGUCAGACAAUUGUCAAUACUACUUGGAGCUUAGACCUUCCAGUGAUUGCCGUACAUACAAACCACCAAAAGUCGCUUCUGCUUUUGGCGAUCCUCACUUAAUUACUUUUGAUGGAGCAAACUUCACGUUCAAUGGCAGAGGAGAAUACGUGUUGGUUAACUCCCCACAACAAUCGCUGACCAUUCAAGGUCGAACAAAAGUCUGUCAACAUUCUGAAGCUAUAGACGUGUCUGCAUCAUUCGGACGUCAUUCUCGUGCCCAUGAAAUAAAUGUGACCAGCUUUUCUUCAGUUGUCAUGCAAGAAGGUUCAUCUGAUGUGGUUGAAGUGCGCCUACUAGAGGAGUCUCCGGAAGCCUUGGAAACCUUGCUGAAUGGGGAGGUGAUUAGCUUUGCGGAACAGAGCUGGUUGGACUUGAAAGGAGUGUUUGUAUAUUCAGCUACAAACCAAAAUGUAACUGUAAUGUUCCCUUCGGGAGCUGGGUUGGAGGUAAGGAGAAGAGGUGGCUCCCUGUUGAUCUCAGUCUUACUUCCGGAGGUGUUCUUGAACCAAACAGAUGGACUUCUAGGGGUGAUGAACAAUGAUCCCACAGAUGACUUCACUUUCCCUAAUGGAACUAUAUUGUCACCAGAUGCCACACAUGAGGAGUUAUUCCAGUUUGGCGCAGAAUGGGCUGUAACAAAUGAGAGUUCACUUUUCACCUAUGACUCUCAGGAGCUCAUCAACGAUUACCAAGUCAAGCAUGACCCAUUUUUCCUGCCAAUAUUUACUGUUGAAGAUCCCGAUGAUCCUCGUCUAGAAGAGAUGCACAAGCUCUGUGGACUGGAUCCAUUUUGCAGGUUUGAUUACCUCGUCACAGACAGUCUCGAGGUUGGCAACGAAACCAAAAUUUCGCAUCUUAGCCACAUCAGCUUGAUCGAAAGCCUUCAACCAGUGGUCUCCUGUGGUUGGUUGGCUCCCCCAGCAAAUGGCACAAAAACUGGAAAUACCUACCUAGAGGGCUCUGUUAUCAUAUUUCAUUGUAACAAUGGCUUCAUCCUGAUUGGAUCUCGUCAAAGGACAUGUCUUUCAAAUGGCUCUUGGUCAGGAGACACAGCUCAGUGUAUUUUAGGAGAAACCAACUCUUGUGCCAGCCAGUGUGGGCUGAAGCUGCCGGAAUGCUCAUGUGAAGUGACUUGUGAGAAGCUUGGCACCUGCUGUUUGGAUUACCGUUCCUUCUGCGUCAGGAUCUCGCCAGAGUCUGGCUUAGUGAUGGGAGGCAGAGACUUUGUUAUUUUGAAUGUGACAUUCAAUAACACCGCAAAUGUGACAUGCAGAUUCAACUCUGACAUUACACGGGAGGGUUACAUUGAGGAGAGCGGACAUGCACACUGUGUAUCACCUCUGCUAUAUGAGACGGGCCGUAUUCCAUUCGAAAUGUCUGUAGAUGGAGGACGAUCCUAUCCUUAUUCUGGCACAUGGCUGUCAGUGCAUCCUGGAAAGGUGACAGAGGAAGAAAAAUGUGCCCUGGUAAAUGACACCAAAUGGCAAUAUUAUGGCACUUCAAAUACAUACGGCACUCUGACUGUAACGUGGGAUCCAAGUGCAUUCAAGGGGAAUUCAGUGAACAUUGAAGUCUGGGGCUACGAAGAAUUAGGAGAACAAUAUUCCUCAUUAUGGUCAGCAGCUUGGAAAUAUCUAUAUUCUCUAGAAAAGCAAUAUGCAAACAAUGGAUCUUUUACAUUUACCCCCGAGCCUGCUGAUGCCAAAUAUAAUAUCUUUGAGUUUGGAAGUCUUAGGAUUACUCCUAGCCAGUAUCAAGAUGGGCAGAUGGAUGUUCAAUCACUGUGGAGUGUGGAUCAUGCAAUGGCUUGGCACCUGGGAGAAGAUUUCAGAAAGAACUCUGCUGAAUGGGCAACAAAGAAAUGUCUAAACUGGCAUGAAAGUGAUACAAAACUUCCCAAUUUUCUGUUAGAAAUACUUGACUGCCCAUGUACAUUGGCACAGGCCAGAGCAGACAGUGGCAGAUUUCAUCCGGAUUAUGGAUGUGACAUUGAUGCAGGCAGUGUGUGUACGUACCACCCUGGGGCAGUGCACUGUGUUAGAGCAAUCUAUGGCAGCCUACUUUAUGCAGCAGGACAGCAGUGCUGCUAUGAUUCCAAUGGAUUUCAAGUUCUUACAAGCGACUCCCUUGGUGGCAGCACCCCAGAUCGAGCUCAUGACUGGGGAUCCCCACCAUAUAAGAAGCCCCCCAGGGUACCAGGCUUCUCUCACUGGCUUUAUGAUGUUAUCACAUUUUAUUACUGUUGCCUGUGGUCGGAUAAUUGCCAGCGUUACUUAGAGCUCAGACCUUCCAGUGAUUGCCGUACAUACAAACCUCCAAGAGUCGCUUCUGCUUUUGGGGAUCCUCACUUUAUCACAUUUGAUAACGCCAGUUUCACUUUCAAGGGGAGAGGGGAGUAUGUACUGGUCACAUCGCCUUACAUGUCUCUUGAUAUUCAAGGACGAACACAACCAGCCAAGUUUCUAAAUGGCUCUUACAGUUCCGUAACAGGAUUCUCCUCCAUAGCCAUGAAGGAAAAUAACAGUGAUGUGAUUGAGAUUCGUCUCGUGGAACCUUUACAUAAACUUGAGAUUCUUUUGAAUAAAGAAGUCAUUAGAUUUGAUCGGAGUUGGAUAGAUCUUAAAGGAGUUUUCCUAUAUUCAUCCAUUAACCAAAACAUCACAGUAAUGUUCCCCUCAGGGGCGGGGGUGGAAAUCAGAGGAAGAGGAAGUGUCCUGAGUGUUACAGUCUUACUUCCUGAAGACUUCAUGAAUCAAACACAUGGACUUCUAGGAGUGAUGAAUAAUGACCCUAAAGAUGAUUUUACUUUCAGGAAUGGAACCACAUUGCCUCUUGAGGCUUCCCCCAAAGAACUUUUUCAAUUUGGUGCUGACUGGUCUGUGACUGAUAACACCUCUCUAUUCACAUAUGAUUCCAUAUUUCUGAUUGAGAGCUACUCUACACACCAUGACCCAGAUUUCAUCCCCACGUUUUCUGUGCAGGAAGCUCCCAACGAUCCAAUUAAAGAACAAAUGGACAAAGUGUGUGAUGCUAAUGAAUUUUGUAGGUUUGAUGUUCUCACUACCAGAGAUCUUGAGGUAGGAAAUGCUACCAAACUAUCACACUUGGAUUACAUGAUCUUGACAGAGAGUCUGCAGCCUGUGGUGUCAUGUGGCUGGCUGAAACCCCCUACUAAUGGGAAAAAAGAGGGGACUAGCUAUCUGGCAAACUCAGAGGUAUCAUUCACUUGUAAUAAAGGAUAUAUGUUGGUUGGCCCAACUAAAAGAACAUGCCAAAUGGAUGGAGCCUGGAGCGGGAAAGAAAGCUACUGUGUGCCUGAUAAUGUACUCGGCAUUGUCCUCGGGUGUGUAUUUGGACUCUUCGCUCUUCUUAUCUUAAUAGUAUUGAUUGCCCUCAAUGAAAAAAAGCGCAGCAAGAAAAGGGAAAUGAACGUGCCACCGGUGACAUACCAGGCAUCGAAUGAACCUUAACGGAAUCUUUUCAAUGCCUCUUGGAAGAGGCAACGCCUUGGGUCCAUAGUUUACAAUCCAAGAUUUCAUUUUCAGGAAAUCUCUUCAGAUCAUCAGCCAACAUUUCCAUCAUAGCAUCAUAUGCCAAAACCACAUUGUGCUCUACAAUAAUGCUCUAAGAAGAAAAAGGUGAACUUUGCACAGUACAUGUAUUCACAAACUCUAUCCAGUUGACGUCUUGAGCAAAUAAAAUGUUUAUGGACCAUGUAAUAAGGAAGAUGCCAACGGAAUAUACAGCACAUCUAUAACAAUUAUUCACCAACAAUAAUAUAUUGAAUGCAGAGUUUAUCACUGAAGUAUGAAUUGUGGAUAAUUCAAUGUGAAGUCAAAGUGAAUUUCAAAUUUUAGCCCGAAUUAGUCAAAUUGGAAUAAUCUGUGAA